CACCCAUCACAAGCGAAUAGAAAGGCAACGCUGCAAGCAAAACACACAAGCUACAGUACAAUCAAGACCCAGUACAAGACAUCCAGAUGUCUCGACGGAACCAGGACCAGGGCGGGAGCAAACCCUCCAUCGCCUUCCACAUGAUCCGGCACGCCGAAAGCAACAACAACAAGGUUUACGGAGAUGCCAAACGCCUGUAUCGCUACGGAUCCGACGACUACGACAGCGAGGGCUUUCGUCGGUACGUGGAUGCCCACCGCAGGGCGGAUCCCCACCUGAGCCCGCUCGGGGUCGAGCAGGCGGACGCCCUGGCAAGCGAGUAUCUCAACCCGGCCCUGUUCGACUGCCAGGCGUCGAGCCCGGUUCGAAUCCUGUGCAGCCCGAUGCUGCGGACGCUGCUGACCAUCCGACCGGCCCUGCAGCGAUUGGUGGUCUCCUCGAGCCAGACCGCGGGCAGCGGGGGUUCCGGCUUUCGGCAAAAGGUACACAUGGUGGUGGUUGCCCAUUACCACGAGAUCGAGGGAUGCCACGACAAAGGGGUUGCCCAGCCCGGCAUGAGCCCGAACGAAAUCCGCGACUGUCUCUUCCGCGACCUGCUCUGUAGCAGCGGUGGUAAAAGCAGCAGCGAGAGCAACGACACGAUGCCAAUCAGCCAGUCCGACAUCGACGAAAUUGUGACGCUGGAAUUCGUGGGGUUUGACCAUCCCCACGAAGGAUGGUACGGUGGCACGGGCCACGAGGCAAGAGUCGAUGCGGAAGCCAGAGCCGCGAAGUAUUGUUUGUGGUUGACCGAUUAUCUCGAUAGCCUCAUGUACGGCAAUGGCGACGGGGAUCCCGACGAGACCGGCGACAGCAACAACAACGGCGACUUGUUCGACGUGGGCUUUCUGCUUCCGGGGGAGGAGCUCGAGGACCAGCACGACCGAUUCGCCAGGCCCCUGCGCCGGCGGCGCACCGUGCUGGCGAUCGGGCACGGGGAUUUCAUGUCCGUGGUGCUCAAGCGCUUGGUGGGGGGCUACGUCGGGUGCGGCAGGGGCGGCCGCCUGGUCGAGCAGUCCGGCCGGCCCCACCGCACCGCGUUUGCCCACUACAACACGGGCAUCACGGAGCUCGAGUAUUUUGGCCACGGCCGGUACCUGGUCAUGACGACAAACGUCACCCCUCACAUUCCGCCGGAGCGAUACGCAGCCCUCCGAUCCGGGGGGACGCUGCGGGACGGAUGGGCCUUUACGGUGUAGGUUCUUGUGCAUCGUUGAUUGGUUCAGGUGCAACCGUGUUUGACUGUUGGUUUGCUGCACUGGUAGAUAUUUUGGUUUCGCGUCUUAUCUUAUUUUCUCCGUUUUCAAACAUUUCGGAACCAUUCCAACAACAGACCAACCUUGCCAGAUAUCACGGUAGAAAAGGAAGUUGUCCACGGCGACGACUGCGAUGCCAAAAGCACGAUCGAACACGACCACGUUCAAGAACAAACAACGGCGCUGAGGGCUCUGUACCUGUCGUCGUCCUCGUCGAGCGACGAAACCGUCCAGGAAACGAGCGAUGCCGAUGACGCGGUGCGGUUCGUGGUCAAACGUKGAUUUCAGGUGCUGGCCGUCGCUACCUACUCCCAACGGAGUGGCAUGCUGACAGACGUGGCAAUUCGACCCGCGGCAAACGUUUCCGUUGUGUUGCUCGAAGCCAUUAAGGAACACGCGCGUUCGAUCGACAGCGGGUCUCAAUCGUGUCUUUCGGUUCGUCCCCGGACAGGGGACGACCGAAAAAACUUCGAGCGGAUGGGCUUUCUUGACCAGAAGAGCUCCGCAGACAAACAGCCGCCACAUUCCAUUAUGAAACUGGAUUUUGAUCCCGUUCCAAAAGAAUUUCCUGGCGCCGAAAAACUAUCCAAUCUUUAAGGGAGACAAUGGCAAUCACUGGACUCCUUUUUGUUGCAACUGAACCUUUGGGGACUUGUGUAGCUGAAUGGUUUGAAAUUGGAAUCGUCAAUCCAGAGAAAUACCCCCAGCGUCUCCAUCCAGCAAUGCACUUCCAGACAGAAAUUGGUCGGCACCAUCUUUUUUUGGGCCACCUUUCUCGGCAUUGGAUCUCAGAUCCAGAUACCCAUACCAGUUCCUAUUCCUCUGUCGCUUUAGGACCAUCCUUGGUUAAAGUCUUUCUGUGGUCAUACUUUGCUCGGUGGAAGCAAUGCAAAUAUCGGACCCAACUCUUCAAAUACAUCUAGCACACCCAAGAACUCCUGUACUGCCCUGGUCGUGCCCCUCUGGUAGUGCCGCCCCUUGGAGCAACUAGAAGCAUCCUUCUCCCGAACAGUGAUGGCUCUUGCUUGUCUAUUGCCUCUUCUAGUUCACGAGGUUGAAAAUAAUAUGAAUUUUUUCCC